UUCUUUUGGGGAGAGAGAGACUCAAAACAACUGGCCACGUCAUCACCAUGUCUCGCCGCAAUCACACGACGGAGCUCGGAUGCAUCGCCGGCGAAGAUUUAACCCAUGUCGGCGCCGGAAAGGAAGGCUGGCUGGUCGAUAAUCCCAACCUCCUUGUUUCCCUCGACACACACUCGCUCGCUCUUGCCAACCGCUCCUUGAUCCUCAUCCUCAAUUGGUCUCAAUCAAUUAACCCCCGACCCGACCCGGACUCCCGCCGCACCGUCAGGAUCCGACCCGAUCUCUCCCCUAUUGAAUCAGAGUACAUCUCCGCCGUCGAGUGGCUCGUGUUCGACGAUGACGUCAGGGUCCUCGCCGUCGGCACCUCUUGCGGUUACCUUUUGAUUUUCUCUCUCUAUGGCCGCCUCAUUCACCGACAGAUUGUAAACCCUGGAAAGAUUCUUAAGAUAAGGGUGCGUGGGAUUAAACAAGAUCUGACACAGGAUACAUCUUCAGAGGAGGUUUGCGUUGUAAUGCCUGGUGUAGUUGCUCGUUUUGAAGGAUCCGAUAUUAAGAAUAUGCUGCAGAGGUGGUUUCAAGAAACACACUCUCAAUUUUGGGAUCAAGAUUAUAACGAAACUUUUGAAGAUGAUUCUGUAAAUUCUUUUACGACGCUUCCUUAUCAACUAUGGAAUGUUAGCAAGUACGGAUUAUGUGCCGAUGCUGCUAUAACUGGUCUCAUGCCCCCACCUCUAAUGGAAAUCCCGUCAAGUCUACGUUACUAUUGUGCAGUCACUAUCGGAGACGACGCUGUGAUUUCAGCAUUUAGACUUUCGGUGGACAAGAGCAGAUCACUAGUGGGAGCUAUCUUGUCAAAAGUUGUACCCGCCACAUUUUCAACAAUAGCUUCGUUCUCCAAAUUGCUUUGGAGGAGUGAUCAAACGAAUACGAAGAAACCGGAAGCAAAAUCUCAGCCGUUUGCUCGAGCCUCUCCUUUAACUUGUUUGAAGGAUCAUCCAAGGAAAGGAGAGAAACUGACAUUGUCACCUAGUGGUACUUUGGCUGCAAUAACCGAUUCACUUGGCCGUAUUUUGCUCUUGGAUACUCAGGCACUGAUCGUUGUGCGUUUAUGGAAGGGAUAUCGUGAGGCAAGUUGCUUAUUCGUGGAGAUGCUUGCAAGUAAAGAUAAAGAUAAAGCUGCUUAUAAUUUCCAUUCGAAAAGUGAUUAUUGUCUCUGCUUAGCCAUCCAUGCACCUCGAAAAGGAAUAGUUGAGAUCUGGCAGAUGAGAACUGGACCUCGACUUCUGACAAUUCCAUGUCCUAAAGGUAGUAGAAUAUUACAACCAACUUACAGAUUUAGUUCUGCAGCAUCUCAAUCGUCGUCUUCAUCUUAUGUACCGUUGGAAGUUUUCUUUCUGAAUGGAGACUCCGGUCAAAUAUCAGUUCUUAAUCGAUUCCUUCAUUGACCAAAAGCUAACUAGUGUAUGUAUUACGAUUUACGACACUAAAUUAUGUCGAGUUCCUAAUUCAUUUUUUUUUGUUUUUACUCUGUUUUAUAAAACACUACAGUUUGAUUGAUAUGUUUGCAUAGCUGUAAGAAAUGAAUAAAUUAUCUUGACCAAAUUUUAGUUCAGGGAUGAAAUAGGAAAUUGUAAUAGUUGCUUAUUUUUUUUGUUCGAUGUUACAUUUCAUGCAUGAAUGAAUUUAUUGAAUGGUUGGUUCUCAGUUGAAGAUAAA